AUGGGACCCAGUGUGCCCCACCUGGCCGGCACGCUGCGCUCCAAGACGGUGGUGGUGGUGGAGACGGCGCGUCAGUGGGCCGACAUCAGCGGACAGCUGAGGAGCCGCUGCGCCGCUGCUCCCGUCCUGGGGUUCGACUGUGAGUGGGUGACGCGCGGCAGCGAGCGCCGUCCGGUGGCGCUGCUGCAGCUGGCGACGCUGAAUGGCCUCUGCGUGCUGGUGCGACUCUGCCGACUCGGCCCGCACGUGCCCGACGACCUGAAGGCCCUGCUGCGCGACCGCUCCGUGCUGAAAGUGGGCGUGGCGUGUCUGGAGGACGGCGCCCUGCUGCUGGGGGACCACGGCUUGUCGGUGCGCGGCUGUCUGGACCUGCGCCACCUGGCCGGCCGGCACCCGGACAAGGCGCGGCUGCUGGCCCGGCCCGGUCUGGCCUCGAUGGCCGCCCUCCUUCUGGACGUGCAGUUGAGCAAGAGCCGCCGGCUGCGCUGCAGCAACUGGGGGGCCGAUCAGCUGACCGACGCGCAGCAGGGCUACGCCGCCAACGACGCGCUGGUGGGAGCGCUGCUGUUCCAGGCGCUGCUGCAGCCGCGCGUGCCCGAGCUGAACGCCGAGAGCUGGCCGCGUGUCCUCGCCGCCUGCCAGGGGCUCGUCGACUGCAAGUACAAGCCGAGCCACAGUCUGCGGGCCGGGGCCGACCUGACGGUGGAGCCGCCGCCGGCGACGGCGCGACCCGCCGGUCGGCCCGUGCCCACCUCCUACCAGCAGAGCAAGCAGGCGGACCGGGCGUACUCGCUGCGCAAGACCCAGCUGUACGACAACGCCCGGCUGGUGGCGCCCGACGACCAGCCGCUGAGCGUCGUCGAGAACACCAAGGCCAGAUGGUACGUGCAGAAGGGUCUGGGUGACGUCAUUCAGGAGGAGCCGCUGGUGGUGAAGCUGCGCUUCGAGCCAGCCGGUCGACCCCAGCUGGAGGGCGAGCAUGGACACUACUACCUUCAGGAGAAGGACAAUUGCUGUGUCAAGUGCGGAGCGAGCGACGGGUACGUCAAGAAGAAUAUUGUGCCACAGGAAUACCGCAAACACUUUCCAGAGAUCAUGAAGUCGCACCAGUCACACGACGUGCUGCUGAUGUGCCUGCCGUGUCAUCAGCAGAGCAACUGCCUGGACCUGGCGCUGCGCCACCAGCUGGCGCUCGAGUGUGGCGCCCCCAUCGGCACCGAGACGGACGUCAAGGUCCGCGAGGACAAGGACCUGCGCCGGGUGAAGUCGGCUGGCCGCGCCCUGCUCAAGAACCGCGACAAGCUGCCGCUGGAGCGGGCCGCCGAGCUGGAGCAGGUGAUCUGCGGCUACUACGGCGUCGAAGACGUCACCGAUGGCGUGCUGCAGCGGGCGGUGGACGUCAAGACCAACCGCCUGAACGACGAGUACGUGCCGCACGGUGAGGCGGUGUACCGGCACUUCUGCAAGCUGGGCCUGGUGCAGCUGGAGCGGCGCUGGCGCCAGCACUUCCUCGACUCGAUGCGGCCGGCGCACCUGCCGCGACUCUGGAGCGUCGACCACAACCACGCCAAGAUCCGCUGGAAGAUACGACGCGCCGACUGGCCGGCCGAGGUCAAGGCCGACGUCUGGCGACGGUGCAUCGGCACGGCCUUCGAGAAGGGCGAAGCGGACGACGAGGGGCCGAGCGAGGGCGAGGCGUGAUGGCGCGAAGGAACAGUGCCGGAGGAGGCAGAAUGUAGCGCGAGCAGUGAUAGGGCGGUGCAGAGGCGCAGCGUGAGAAUCGCUGACGACGGUGGAAGCGCUGGCGGUGUUGGAAGCUGGUGGCCGGUGGGCGGUGCCGGGAAGCCGCUGGCCGGUGAGCGGUGUGGUCGCAGGAUGUGUCGAGAGGGCUGGAGUGAGCGGGGCGUGGCCACGUGGUCCAGUGGUGCGAGACUGGACGCCUCCUGAAGAUGGGGAGCAAGAUGUGAUGCAACAGCACUGGAGAUGAUCUGCCAGUUGACAUGCGGGGACCGCUCGUCUGUGAUUUGAUCUGUGAUGAUCUCGGGGCCGCGAUAAAAACUGCUCUUACGGAAGGUCCGUGGGCGAAGCACGCUCGUCAGUCCAACUGAAGAAAAUUGUAGUGGCUAGGUGGACAACAAAUAGCGGACGACCCUUACGCGCGAGCAUUAUUUCCGUAGACAUUGUAGCUCUGCUUGAGUUUAAUACAACACCAUGGACACCACAUCUGGACGUGUGAGUGGCACCAGGCAUAUCCAUUCCAUGUUUGCUCGCAGUCGGCUGUUUUGACAGACAAGCAGACAUACGGCUGCCCAUCUGGAGAAGCCUUGGUUUUUAACGAUUUCGUUGGGUGUGCGACAAUGAGACUUGUCGUCCACUUAUAAUCGCUGGAUGGCGCCAUCACUUCUUUGGUGGACACACAUAUUGUGUGUAUCUGCGAGUAGCUUACCUGAAAUACCCUUGAUUGGGUAGAUGAAUAUCUGUGUGUGUGUGCGCACACCACUGAAUUGACUGACGAUUUACUUAACCAGACUUGCUUUAUCUUCCGGUCGAAGAAACGAUCACUGGCCCUAGAAUAGGCAUGUUAUGCCUCAUGUUUGCUGGUUGCAGGAGAAAUACCAUUAUUGGUUGCCUUCUGCCAUGAUAAAUGCAUCGCUAUUUUCU